AUGAUGCGCCCACGGCCCGCGUCUUCCAUGCAGAAGACAUACGAUGAGUGCUAUCUGCUAUGCUCCACUGCCGUCUAUUUUGAGGGCCAGAACAACGAAGAGGAAGCAUUGAGAUCCUGGAGAUCCGCCCUCGAGACCAUCUAUCAUCACAAUGCCCGCCGGGUAUCAUCGACCUACACUCCCAAAUCCGAAACCGAAAAGGCAUUGCAAGAUUCUAUCCGAGCCUUGGAGGCUCAAUGCCGCGAGCGAGUCGACCUACUGUCCGCACUGCGCGAAAGCCGGAAAGAGUCGGCCGAGGCAAACAGCGGUGACAAGGCUUCGACUUUGACGAAGGGCAGGCACGCCCCGAGUAUUCCCCAACCAUCCCCCAGCAACAGCAUCCCCGGGUACAUCGGAGGCGGUACGAUCCCGGCUGUGGGCUACACCGACCUCUCCAAACCGGCCGCCAUACCUGGCCGACCUCCACCGCCGAAACACCACUUCGAGUCGGUUUCCUACUUCGAAGACUCUGCGCCAAUGGGCCUGUCGCCGGCCGGCUCGCCUGCUGUGCGAAUGAACUCGAAUGCGUCGGAGAAGGAGAGGUCGCGUGCCUCAAGUCCCGAGCGACGGAAGCCGAUGCUGACAACUCUGCGCAAUACCGACGGGAAGAAAUCUGGCAAGAAAACCAAAGUGAAUCCUAAGAAGAAGGAGUCGCGGCCGGCCGCCUCCACAGCAGCGGGCCUGGCAUGGGGCAGUACCUUACGGUCCGGGUCAGGCGAAAAGUCUGUCAGUGAUGCGGCCGCCAUAGCAUCUUCACGGAGCGCCGCCAAUGCCGAGUCACGCACUAGUUCUGGAGAUGAGCCAUUGGUGGCUAGACAUAAAGUCUUGCGGAGCGAUUCUGCUACAGAUCGAAUUCCUGCUGCACACUGGCGCGAGCCUCAGCAGCCAUCGCCGAGUCGGUCAUCGCCACGGCCAGUUGCACACCUGCCUGUCCGUCAGCCUGUGGCUUCAGAAACUCGUAGGCCACUUCCGUCGGUAACAGCGACCAUGCCAGAGCCAAAAGAUUUUACGUCGCCACCUUCACCCGUCCCAAAACCAUCUGUCAAACCUAAACCAGCGGGGUUGAGAUCUUCGCUUCAGCCGCCACCUCGCGCGACUAUGGCUACUUCUAGAUCGGAGGGUAGUUCUCGGCCAGCAACACCCCGGCAGGAUCAAGAUAUAAGUACCUCGAGAAGCACACCACGCACAAAGUCUGCGCCACGAAUCACGAAAACGGACCAAUCUGCCUCUAUACAACCGUCGUCAAGUAGCGAGAAUGUUCAGCGUGAGGCCAGAUCGAUGUCGAAUUCAUGGAAUGGCAACAGUGCAACACGACGGAAACCGCCUCCAGUCACGCGACGGGAGACUCCCCCUUCGAGUGACCUGGAUUCUUCGGGGCAUCGCUCCACGGAAGACGAUGCGGGGGACGAGGAUGAAGAUGACGACGAUGACCUUGUUAAAAUCCUGAAUAAGCUACCCAAGGGUGUAGACUUGCAAUCAGCACGGCAGAUCCUCAAUGACAUUGUUGUCCGUGGCGAUGAAGUGCACUGGGAGGACAUUGCUGGAUUGGAACCAGCGAAAAAAGCGCUUAAAGAAGCAGUGGUGUAUCCAUUCCUUCGGCCUGAUCUAUUCUCUGGUUUACGUGAGCCAGCACGUGGCAUGUUACUAUUCGGACCACCAGGUACCGGUAAAACAAUGCUUGCACGAUCAGUCGCCACCGAGUCGAAGUCAACCUUCUUCUCCGUGUCGUCAUCCAGCCUAACUUCAAAAUGGCACGGCGAGAGCGAAAAGCUUGUGCGCGCUCUAUUCGGAUUAGCCAAGGUCCUUGCCCCCUCGAUCAUUUUCGUCGAUGAGAUCGACUCUUUGCUAUCUGCGCGGUCCUCCGGCUCCGAGAACGAAGCAUCUCGUCGAUCAAAAACUGAGUUUUUGAUUCAAUGGUCAGAUCUUCAGCGUGCCGCUGCUGGCCGCGAACAGUCUGCUCGGGACAAGAAAGAGGGUGACGCCAGCCGUGUUCUCGUGUUGGCUGCAACCAAUAUGCCGUGGGAUAUUGAUGAGGCAGCACGCCGCCGUUUCGUUCGUCGACAGUAUAUUCCUCUACCAGAGCAACAUGUUCGUGAGCAGCAAUUACGCACGCUUCUCAGUCACCAACAUCACGAGCUGAACGAUGCGGAUAUCGAGGUCCUGGUCCAUGUGACAGAUGGCUUCUCUGGCUCAGAUAUCACAGCGCUAGCUAAAGAUGCCGCUAUGGGUCCCCUCCGCAACCUCGGCGAAGCUCUCCUCCAUACACCUAUGGAUCAGAUCCGUCCCAUAAAAUUCCAAGACUUUGAAUCAAGUUUGUACUCGAUUCGGCCCAGUGUCUCUCCAGAUGGACUACGCAAGUACGAAGACUGGGCCAGAGAGUUUGGCGAAAGAGGCGGUUAA